UCUGCCUGUUGAAGUCCAACUUUGUCAUUCUUUUUGAUGCAAAACAAAGUUGGUCAAAGGCAAUUCAAUUUAAUUCCACGGAAUUUGAGGAUGAAGUUUGUUGGCAUUGUCCCUUUCUCACCUGUCUUUACAACACCUAAAACACUCGAGCGAUGUUAAUACUUUACCACCUUAUGUGUGUAGCUGAGAAAGGUAAGAAUAGGUCUGGAUUAGUAUUCAACCCCCAAAGACCCCUGCAAUCCCACGGAAUGGAUCCAACGUUGUCAAGACUGUGCUCUAACAAAAAUUAAAGGGAGCCCUGGGUGCUCUGAAACUGUAAAAUCUAGAGUGCCCAGCAUAUGAUUUGUAUGAAAAAAGUAAGAUUUUCUAGUCGCCCAUGAGCAAAAAUGAAGCUUCAGGGGCCACCAGGCUCUGUUAGAGCACAGCCUUGGUUGACAGCAUUUUCAUCUUAUACAGUCAAAGGUCCUUAAUUUGUAACCACCCGAUCUCAUAAGAGACCACCUACCAUAAUCAACCACCUGUCCAAAUCACCAAAGUUUUCCUAUUCAAAGCCUCAUGGUUGGAACCUCUCCUUUUUAUAAAGACCACCUUCUGUAAGUUACCAUGACCACUUUUCACGGCUCUUGGUUUAAUUAUUAUUUGUUGUUUUUAACCUCUUGUAAGUAACCUUUUGACACUUGGUUUGAUCUCUUGUUUGCUGUAUAUACUAUGCUACUUAGAGUAUUAGAAGAACAACAUGGGAUUACAUAUAAAUUAUUGCAACUCAGAAAUUCCAUGCAACAGAUUAAAUUUGAUUCAACCGGUCAGAAGCACUACCCACAUCUGGGUAGUGAGGUGUCAUCAGUAUGGAGUUUCUCUGCUUGUUUCUCAGACAUCAUUGGGUGGGGAAACCAGUGGUAGCGCCAGCAAAUGUCAGCUGUUUUCUCAGGCUAAAUCAGAUUUUGCAUGCAACAGAUUAUCUUGUAAUUAUAUAUAAUACAUGUGUCUGCACCUCUUCUUGCAAGAGACCCCCUGUGUUCAAUUCUUGUGAACAACCUCCUCCUGGAAGUGACCAAUAGGUCUUUGCCUUUUGGGUGGUCAUUUAUAGGUGGUUUAACUGUAUUAAAUAAAUAUUAAUUUUGUGUAAUUUAUUUCUUAUUUUAACGUAAUUUCACUGUGAUUUUUCUUUGACCCUUGUUGUAACUUUUCAGCAGUGUUGUACUGAGUCAUAUAACAAGAAUUUCUUGAAGAACAAGGCAGCCCAAGUCUUUAGCUUGAUCUUUGUCUGUGAUUAUCCUGAGAAGGUUAGCUUAUUUACAUGUAUUGUUAUUUCAUGUGUUAUUGUUAAAAAUCAUAACUUCUCACGCACUGAAUGCCAUUUGUCUGCUAUGCAACAAUGCAACAGCACAACCAUCACAAAAAGUUUUCAAAAAACAAAGGAAAAAAUAGAAAAACAUUCCAGAACCCAAUACACUGCUGUCAAACUAACACACACUUCUUUAGUGGGAGGGAGGGAAACACUGUUGCACUGUUUGUCACGAAAAGAAAGAACUGAGUCAUGUUAUGAGUGUGAAUACUGAUACCUGAAAUUGUAACUUGACUAGCCUGCGUAGCAAGCGUUUCUGCGCGAGUUCGUCAAGAACAUUGGGACGAGAGCAACAAAAAAAAGGAAUGACAGGGGAGGGGGAGGGGCAGGGGAGAGAAGGAAACGCUUGCCCGCAAACCCCAUGAUUUUGAAAAACUGUGUUCGCCCACGAACUCAGCUUUUGAUUGGUUGGUUGCUGGUAGUGUUGAUUACUUAGCACCCGAAACAUCAAUCAAAGCAGGUAUGUUUUGUUGACGUGCGUCGCAGAUCUGGUCUGAUGUUAUUUGUGGUCGCAGAUUACAAAUGCUUUGGUCUGAUAUUUAUUUGAAUCAUGUUUGUGUGAAGGUUUAUCAGAUCUGAGUCUCUUCAAUCAAAAGUAUAAUUGGAGAGCAGUGGAGACUAGUGAAGGCCAAUUUAUUGGGAAUGGCGGCGUGCGUAUCUGACUGGAGGUAACAUCAAAUAAAUCAGAACAUCGGUAAUAGACACUAGCUAGAGCCGCCAUGGAGAAGUGAUCGGAAAUUGAGCGGCAUGUAUUAAAGAGAACUUUUCGACACUGGCUAGCCUAUAGAAAGGAGCUGCUCUGCAAAACUUAUAGCCAGCGGAGUGAAUUGUUCCGGACAAAUCAUUUCUUUGCGGCGUUGUGACAAGGUUUCAGAUGAGAUAAAGCCACAUAACAUUCAAAAUAUCACUUACGUAACUGUAAAGAACAAGAAAUUCCGCAGCAAUCGCUUAGAGUUUCAACCUUCUUUUAACGUAAAGCUUCUUUUUAUAAAAUGCAAUCGCAUGGAGCGUGUUUUAGGGAACAAAGUAAAUUUUUCAGAUCUGGUAAUCUAUUCGUUAUCUAUCUUGACGUGCUGUCAAUUUACAAAUGAACCAAACCGUGAAAUAUCAAGGGGGGUUUUCCAGAAUCGUAGGGGCAGGCAAGCAUUUCCUUUUCUCCCCUCCCCUUCCCCCUUCCAUUUUUCUUGCUCCCGCUCCAACUUUCGCACUAUAACUCGACUGGAAACACUUAUGCUACGCAGGCUAUAACUUGACAGUUAGACAGUGUUACACACUCAUUGCUGGUAAACUCACACGUUGCAGCCAUGAGCCCCCACACCAAUGGAACCAGGCACCUGUCACAAUGAUUUAUCAGGGAAAAAUUAAAGGGAGGGAAGGGUUGGGUGAAAGGCACAAUCCAAGGGCUGAACAAAGCGUGUAGCUGCUUUGAAAGCAUUGUACUAAGCACAUGGAGCUGAUGUUAGCAAUUAAGGCUGACUGCACUUGAGCCACCACACUGACCGCUGACCAACAGCACGCGACGAUGCUCCUUGUUAUCAGCUGCCUUAAUUUUGUUUAACUUCAUGUUACAUUUCUCUUCUCCCUGUAGUGGCCGCUGUUUUUCUCAGACCUCCUCCAGUGCUUGCAAUUAUGGAGCAUUAGCUGUGGAUAUGUACCUUAGGAUUUUGAAGGCAAUUGAUGAGGAAGUGGUUGAUAGAGAUGUGAUAAGGAGUCAGCAGGUUAAUUUUGUGAAUUGUUUUUAUAUCUAUGUUACAAUAUCCAUGGGUUACCAUCAAACAGAAAUUUAUUACCUAUUCAAUUAGAACUAUAUAAAGUGGAACCCUGCUCUACGGACACCCGCUUUAUACGGACAGUUUCGUUUGUCCCGACAAAAAGCUCAUAUAUUUUCUCUAAAAUUAACCCACUUUAUACGGACACCGUUUAAUACGGACAACGGACCCUUUUCUGUGUCCUGAGUCACAAACUCUCUUAUAUUGUCAACCCUGCUUUACGGACACUGGUUAUCUGCACACUGUCUAUUUUCAUUGUCACUAUUAUGUGAUAAUUGUAGACAUUGUACUCUGUUCAAAUAAUGACAGAUUUUUACGGGUGAAUUAAUUUUUCUUACAGUACUAAAAAGAUAACAGUAACAAAGUGGCGUGACAACUUGAUUUUGAACAGUAUUUCUUUCUUCCGGUGUUUGACUCUUGUACUACGUAUAGUCCUUUAAUAAAGUUUUUGUGCCUCAUGUUACACACGUUUCACUUCCUUGGCUUUUUGUUGCAGUCAUUGCUUUUAACCUUCUUCCUCUUUGACGUUGUUUGCUUGCUGCGAGCUGUACCAGGAUCAUCUUCCGCUCGUAUUGAUGGGUUGUUGCUAACGUCUAGUAAUUGUUCAAGUAAAUCCACGUGUUUCCGAGGACCAUCAAAAAUGUAAACACAUGGUAUUUCCAUACCAAGACCUCCACCCUGAUUGACUGCCUUUCCACAUACUUCUACCAAUAUUAAUCCUUGGUUCGUAAAACUGUCUGCUUUGGUCUUUAUAUCGAUAAAACAUGUGUUCCUGACAUUUUCUCUGAGAGCCCAGUCUUAAUAGCGGAGCUCUCGCGCGCGAAGCGCGCCAGCGGAGCACCAUGGGUAAUAAAAUUUGGUAAACUAUCCAUCCGAUAAAAUUUGGUUAUGACGUAGCGUACGCCCGCCCACCCACCCGCCCGCCCGCCCACCCGCCCGCCCGCCCACCCGUACACACACUUCAUGUAAGCCGAUGUCAAGUGUCACACUUGUCAGGACCAUGAAAUAAAUAACAACGGAGACUAAUGCCGCUGGAAGAAAAACAUGAAAAUUAUAUAGCGGCGGUUAGAAAAUGAAGAAUGCUAGCGGCUACUAAUGUGAAAAAGCAGCGGCAGUGAAAAAAUAGAAUGAACAGGAACACAAACAUUUCCUCCAUAAAAUGCGUAAAGGAAGCUAAAAGAAGUUUCACGUUAGUCGUGUAAAACAACGGUAAGGAAAUGUACAAAAAAAAAAACUGCUGCACGUGCAGAGUUGUUUUUUUGCUAAUUAGAAAAAAAGUGUGCUGCACGUUGAAAGUUGUUUUUUUGCUAAUUAGAUCUAUUGUUGUUGUUUUUAGCGUUUUCGUUGCUUUCAACUUGUUUUAGUAUUCAUCGAUUUUAUAUUUUCUUCGAGGAAUCCAUAAAUAUUAAAGAGAGCUUUGCUUUUAGCCCUGGCUAAAUCUAUAUAUUACGGACACCUGGAUAAUACGGACACUAUGGCAUGUCCCCUUGGUGUCCAUAUAUAUUAACCGGGUUCCACUGUAUUGUACUAUGUCCUAACGUCUCAUUUGCAGUGCAUAGAGCGAUUGAAGCUGAACCCAUAAUUAUUUAGUAGGUGUCUAUAAAGCAGGGUCUGACUGUGCCAAAAUUUUUAUAUUUGCCUGAUAUACAAGCUUGUUAAAGUUGUGACAAAGUCCACCAUGCCACACACAUUAAGUUGUUGGUGCUAAUAUCUAAACAUGCUGUGCAAAGGGCUACAUUGUACAUGUGUGAAAUAGACCUCUUUAGCUUGUAUGUUUUGUUUUUCCAAUACAGGCCAUAUGGUAAUACCCUAGAGAACUGUUUCUUUCAAAUUUUGUCUUAUUCAUGAGCAUAUCUACUCAUAAUUUAUGAAAAGACAAAGGAUCAAGUUUCCCUGGGACCUCUAUUGGGAAAACAAAACAUACAAGCUAAAGAGGUCUAAAUGCUUUUUCUGAAAAUCAAAAUUCUUUUGAGUUAAGACAUUGCUUCUACAAUCUUGAUUGUUGACAUCUUGAAACUUGAGUCAUCAUUUCCCUUGUAGAACCAGACAUAUGCAAAACCUAUGCUCAUGCUAUUUGUUUACUAUGUUGGACUAUGUUUCAGCUAUGUUAUGUUCACUACUGCCUAUGUAUUAACUAUGUAACACACCAAACAACAUAGUCCAAAGUAUGCAAAAUCUAUGUUGAAACUAUGUUUAGGCUAUUCGAAAAGCACAUAGCUUUUGAAUACCUAUGCAAAUACUAUUCAAAAUCUUUUCAUAGUCUUGACAUAGCUAUGUAUUUACUAUGCAAUAGAAAGUUCUGCUUUUCCUUCCGAUUAGCAUCCUAUGUAUUCACUAUGCAUAAAAGUAAAAUAGCUUUUACAUAGCAUUUCGAUCUUCACUUUUAUUUCCAACAAGUUUCUUAGCUUUUACAUAGUGCUAUGUAUAUUCUAUGCUAUGUGAUGAAACAUAUUUGCAGCCUAUGUAUUCACUAUGUGACAUUUUCAUUUAGCUUUAUCAUGAGAUAAAGGCUACAUAGCUUUUACAUAAACAUAUUUUUUCCUAUGUCACUCAUAUGAAAAGUAUAUGUAGUCUAUGCGUUUCCUAUGUGAUAUUCCAACAUAGCUUUUAAGUGACUAGGCAUGUUGAUAGUGGCGCGUACAGAAGGCUAAGCAUACUUCCAAAGUAAAAAGCAGUGUUUUAAACUAAAACACUGAAAAAUCAUGUACUACAAUUUUUUUUUGUGCUUGAAGAUAGUUUCUUAGUGAGAAGACUUUUGUUAAGCAUUGAAUCGCUACAUCCAUCAUCCCUGUCUUAACUUUCCUUUCUAGCUUUUCCCUAGAGUUCUUCACUUGAAAUGAUACUUCCAUGCAUCAUUUUCUUCUUUUACAUUGGGUUCGAUCCUUCGUCUUGAUUGUGGACGUCUCCUGAAUAUAACUGCAUGGUCAAAACUGCGAAACGCUACCUGCCUCGGUGGAUGUUUGUCAGCCAUUUUGUUUCCACUAGUUCCCAGGGAAGCCCGUGAGUUCAACACAUGCGUAUUUUGCGUUUUAUCGUCACGUGGGCCUUUUCAACCAAUGAAAAAGUGUGAAAAUUGUCUGUUUCCACGCGGGCGCUUUCAAGUCAAAGAAGACGAGCUGUAAGCGUGCGUUUUUACAAGAAGACGCUUCUUUUUACUUCAAUUUACAGUCUUUUUCCUGCCAGGUUCAACAAAAAGUAUUCCUAACGUUGGUAAGUGAUGUUUUUCUCAAUUAAGUUUCGAUUUGCCUGUGUUGUCUCCCCUUUUCGCGUAUCUGAACAAGGAUCGGUCGAUCACGCUUUGAUACUCCUUCGUUUCAAUUCUAAAACGUCAGGUUGUUUUUAUGUUCAUUUGCCUUAAAAUCUCCACUUUUCUGUUUGCAGACACUUAUUCGUUGCAGUCAAACGGAAACUGUAUGGCACUGAAGAGCACGACAUCAGCAAAAAGUCUACACGAUAAGCAAACUUAAACUUGGGGUUUCGAUUCUGAAACCUCCAUGAAAAUACUGCAUUUGUGUUACUAUUAGUGUUCGUCAGGUAUUAUAUUGCCAUAGUUUUUCAAUUUUUCGUUUCAAAACCUAUUUCUUACCAAUGUAAAAGGUAUUCUAAUUCAUAUUUUUAUACUAUUUUUACUAUUUUGGUGAUUUUUACGAACGUAUUUUAAACACUACAUUUGCUUAAGCAGAUCGAAACCAACAUACAUAAGAGACUAUGUCAAUUCUAUGUAAUUUCUGUUUGAACUCUAGUUAAAGCUUGUGUAUGUGAUAUGUUUUACCUAUUCAAAUACUAUUAAAAUCCUAUUUCAAACCUAUGCAAAGACUAUUUGUUCUGUGUUUUCCCUAUUUUAAUGCUAUGCAAAGUAUAUGUCACCUUUAAAAAGGCUAUGUUUUUCAUAUGUUUUUUCUAUUUCUAGGCUAUCUAAAUUCUAAGCAAACCCUAUUCAAAAGCUAUUUAAUCAACUGUUCCCUGUUCCAUUUUACUAUGUAAACUCUAUUUCAGUCCUAUGUGAAGGCUAUUUAUUUUCUAUGAUUUUUCUAUGAGGUUGACUAUGAAGUCUAAAAUCUCUUUCCACAAGCUAAGUAAACUGUAUGUAUAGGCUAUGUGGAAACUAUGUCAUUUCUUCCUUUAUUCCUACCUUUAAAAACUGCAUAGCUUUUAAAUAGGUUCCGUUUGACUAGCGAAAACAUAGCAUUUUCGAUACAAAAAACAUAGUCCUGGCAUAGAAACAACAUAGGAUCUGGUUAAAGCAAUGUAUGAGUGAUUAACAUAGGUUUUGCAUAGCUUUGUGACAUAGCAUUUGCAUAGAUUCUACAUAGUGUCUGAUUCUACAAGGGUUCCUUUUUCAAGACUCAGAUUGAUUAUUAAGACUGUCAACUUUUGAUGAGUUUCAGUUGGUUGCACUUGUACAAGUUUGUAAAACCAUUUACAGAUGAAUCAGUUUAGAAGCCAAAUAUAAUUUUUCUUCCAUGAACAGGAAGUAGAAAGAAACACAAACAUUAAAGAUCACAUCUGGGAUACGUGCAUCAAAGAGCUUGUUGACUCUUGGUUUCAGAUUUUGGUAGGUGGAAAUCAUGUACCGGUAUUUUAGCAAAACAAUCAGGUUGAUCUCAGUUUUAUUGACUGCUAUUUUGUAUUAUGUUUUGUAUGCAGAAAACAUGAAAAUAGUGUGUCAUCAAUAACAUGCCUUUGCCUGGACAUUAUUGGAGCAUAUAUUGAAUGGAUCGAUAUUGGCCUGAUUGCAAAUGACAGGUUUAUCAGGUAACAUGCAUUCAUUGUAAAAAGGGCAGAGUAAAAUGCAGAUUGCGGACUGACGGUGGACUAUUGUCUUUAGGGUUAGAAAACAAUGGGACUUUUAAGUGAAAAAUGAUCCUCGCAGUUGUUAAUUCAACUUAUGCAAUUGUGUAAGAGAAGCCCGAAAAAAAUUCAGGACUUCAAGGGGAUUUGAAUUAACCCAUGACCUCGCGAUAUGGGUGCAAUUCUCUAAUCAACUAAGCUAUGAAGCCACUGAUGUUGGGAGCAGGUCAAUUAUGUGUUCAUAUGUUCCCAUGAAAGAGAUGAAAUGUGACAAAUGUAAAUAAAUGAAAUAAAUCAUAUAUGAGAACUGCGGAAAUGAAAUCAAGUGAAGCAUGAUCCUCGCAGUUGAUGUAUUUCAUAUACAUUUGUCGCAUUUCAUGUCUUUCACGAGAACAUAGAGAAGCAGUAUCCUUGAACCAGAAGAGGUACUUGAAUUCAUGUGUAAGACUAAGCUUACUAAGGUGUACUAGCCUGUGUGUCAGACAUGGUUUAACCUCUGUAUAGCAGCAGUGCUGAUAUCCUUGUCUUAGGCCCCCAACGGACUCGGGAAUUACCAGAAGUGUGUAUCAAUUUUCCUUUCACCUUGAUAAGCAAAUCAACAAUGGCUUUUUUAACUGGCCAAUCAUGAUGCAUACUCAAAUCCAUGUACACAGGUGGAGGCCCAGAAGAAGGGUUUCAGCGCUGUUUCAAAUGACAUGAACAGAGUUUACAAACUUAAAGAACUUAGAUUCCUUGCUGAUAAACUGUUGGUCAUCCUCAUUGUCGUG